AUGUCGGCGCAACGGUUUCUGAACACCGCGUUCGGCGUGUCUAACGGCGGGCUCGCCGCGUGGGGCGUCGCGGGCGGAGCGGCGUAUUACUUUUUUUAUCUCCCCGAGAAGGAGAAGGCGGACGCGGAGGUGCUCCGGGCAGCGAACGCUGAGAGGCUGAUGAAGCAGAAGAACUACGUCGAGUUCGUGAAGGAGCACGAGGCGAAGCAGACCAAGGCUGGGAAAGGUGGGUGGUUCGGAGGAUGGUUCGGGGGCAAGAAGCAGUAG